CAAAUAGUGUCCAGCAAAUGACCAUCACAGUUGCCUUGUUAGUGACAUGUUAUUUAUAGUCUCCAUGUUGGAAAGGAAAGGUGGGAGUUGAUUGUUUCCUGUGUGGUAAAAUGCAGUCCUUUUGUUUGUAUUGGCUCUAUGCCAGGAAGCAAUAGACCUCCAUGUGGAUGAAUUCGCUGCAUUUCUAGGUUGGGUUGCUGAUGCCGCAUGUUGUCCUUUGACACCAAUCCUUUGAAGCAUGGAACCCAGCGCUGUUCUCUCCUGCUGUUGUCUGAUACCCUUUGUCUUCUCACUGUGCAUUCUGUGAAAUCAUUCAGAAAUGCUUGAUCAGGUGGGAAACUGAGAGGCUGAGGGACAUUGGUUUGACCAAGUUGCCCUUGGCAUCAGUUGCAGAACGGGGGCUGGAACCUUGGCUGGAUGGAUGGCUGUCUCCAUGAUGCUCGGAGCACUCCAGGGGACGCUGGCCCCGAUCUGUUACUGACUUUUGGCUUUUCUUGGUUUCUUUUUUUCCUUCCUAGCCAUCUACAAUUAUGAACCCGGUCAGGAUGUGGAACUCGCCUUGCAGGUUGGUGACACAGUUCACAUCCUGGAGAUGUAUGAAGACUGGUACAGAGGAUACACCCUUCGAAAUAAAUCCAAAAAGGGCAUCUUUCCAUCAACAUACAUCCAUCUGAAAGAGGCUACAGUGCAGGAUGGCGGACAACACGAGACAGUCAUUCCUAGUGAACUGCCCUUGGUCCAAGAACUCACCUCCACCCUACGGGAAUGGGUGGUUAUCUGGCACAGACUGUAUGUGGAGAACAAGACCACCCUCUUCCGCCAUGUGCAGCAGAUGACCUAUAGCCUCAUUGAGUGGCGAUCCCAGAUCCUCUCGGGGACACUCCCCAAAGAUGAGCUGGCUGAGCUCAAGAAGAAAGUCACGGCCAAAAUAGACUACGGCAACAGGAUCUUGGGGCUGGACCUGGUGGUGCGAGAUGAUAAUGGGAACAUCCUGGAUCCAGAUGCUACUAGCACAAUAGCACUCUUUAAAGCACACGAGACAGCAUCGAAAAGAAUCGAUGAACGAAUCCAAGAAGAAAAGUCUGUCCAGCAGAAUGUGGACCUGCGAGGACAGCCUAUCUUCAACACAACCCACACGUACAGCCUGUACGUCAAUUUCAAGAAUUUUGUCUGCAACGUCGGAGAGGAUGCAGAGCUGCUUAUGAGCCUCUAUGAUCCCGAUCAGUCCAAGUUCAUUAGUGAAAACUAUCUGGUGCGUUGGGGAAGUAACGGGAUGCCAAAGGAAAUUGAAAAGCUGAAUAACCUUCAAGCUGUCUUUACGGACCUCAGCAGUUCGGAUCUGAUCCGACCACGAAUCAGCCUGGUGUGCCAGAUUGUGCGGGUGGGCCACAUGGAGCUCAAGGAAGGCAAGAAGCACACCUGCGGCCUCCGGAGACCCUUUGGAGUGGCAGUGAUGGACAUCACUGACAUUAUCCAUGGGAAAGUAGAUGAUGAAGAGAAGCAGCAUUUCAUUCCUUUUCAGCAGAUUGCCAUGGAAACCUACAUCAGACAGCGACAAUUAAUCAUGGCUCCUUUAAUAACCUCCCAUGUGAUUGGAGAGAAUGAGCCCCUCACCUCGGUCUUCAACAAAGUCAUUGCUGCCAAGGAAGUGAAUCAUAAGGGGCAAGGUCUCUGGAUUUCUCUGAAGUUGCUGCCCGGAGACCUAGCUCAGGUUCAGAAGGACUUUUCUCACCUUGUUGACCGAUCGACAGCGGUGGCCCGCAAAAUGGGUUUCCCCGAGAUCAUCCUGCCUGGCGAAGUUCGGAAUGACAUCUACAUCACCCUGAUGCAUGGAGAAUUUGACAAAGGGAAAAAGAAGACCCCCAAAAACGUAGAGGUCACCAUGUCUGUUCACGAUGAAGAUGGCAAUCUCUUAGAGAAAGCCAUCCAUCCGGGUGCUGGUUAUGAAGGAAUCUCAGAAUACAAGUCUGUUGUCUACUAUCAAGUCAAGCAGCCCUGCUGGUAUGAAACUGUAAAGGUAUCCAUAGAAAUAAAAGAGGUCAGCCGAUACCACUUAAGAUUUACUUUCCGUCAUCGAUCAUCACAGGAAUCACGAGAUAAAUCUGAAAGAGCGUUUGGACUGGCUUUUGUGAAGCUGAUGAAUGCGGAUGGCACCACUUUGCGGGACGGCAGGCAUAACUUGAUAGUUUAUAAGGGAGAGAACAAGAAAAUGGAAGAUGCUAAGUUUUACUUGAGUCUUCCUGCCACCAAGGUAGAAAUGGAGGACCGGGAAGGUCUUCCAGCCAAGCAUCACACAGCCAACUUCACCCCAACCAAAGACAGCACCAAAGACAGCUUCCAGAUCGCGACACUCAUCUGCUCCACGAAGCUGACACAGAAUGUUGACCUACUGGGACUGCUGAACUGGCGUUCAAACUCCCAGAACAUAGCACACAACCUGAAGAAGCUGAUGGAGGUGGAAGGAGGAGAAAUCGUCAAGUUCCUACAAGACACGCUGGAUGCACUGUUCAGUAUAAUGAUGGAGAUGUCCGACAACGAAUCGUAUGACUUCCUUGUGUUUGAUGCCUUGGUAUUUAUUAUUUCCCUGAUUGGAGACAUCAAAUUUCAGCAUUUUAAUCCUGUAUUGGAAACUUAUAUUUACAAGCAUUUCAGUGCCACCCUGGCCUAUGUAAAGCUUACCAAAGUUUUGAACCACUAUGUUGGAAAUGCGGAUGACUCCAGCAAGACGGAAUUGCUCUUUGCUGCGCUGAAAGCCUUGAAGUACCUCUUCCGGUUCAUAGUUCAGUCAAGGGUGUUGUACCUGGGCUUUUAUGGGAAGAGUGAAGAUGGAGAAGAGUUUAAUGAUGCCAUCCGAAAGCUGUUCCUCUCCUUUAACCUCCUCAUGGACAGGCCCCUGGAAGAGGCGAUUAAGAUCAAGGGGGCUGCCUUAAAGUAUUUACCAAGCAUCAUCAAUGAUGUCAAAUUAGUCUUUGAUGCAGUUGAGCUCAGCGUCCUUUUUAGCAAAUUUAUCCAAAGCAUCCCCGAUAAUCAGCUUGUCCGUCAGAAGCUCAACUGUAUGACGAAGAUUGUGGACAGUGACCUGUUUCGUCAAGCAGAAUGCCGAGACAUUCUCCUGCCUCUGCUGGUCGAUCAGCUAAGUGGACAGCUGGAUGAUAAUUCCAACAAGCCUGACCAUGAUGCCUGCUCACAACUCCUUAGCAACAUCCUGGAGGUUUUGGAUCGGAAGGAGGUGGGUCCCACCACAGCCCACAUCCAGCUGAUUAUGGAGCGCCUGCUGAGGAGAAUAAACCGGACUGUGAUUGGCAUGAGCAGACAGUCUCUUCACAUUGGUAGCUUUGUUGCCUGCAUGAUGGCCAUCCUGAGACAGAUGGAUGAUUCCCAUUAUAAUCACUACAUCAGCACCUUCAAAACCAGACAAGACCUUAUCGAUUUCCUGAUGGAAACUUUCAUCAUGUUUAAAGACCUGAUUGGAAAGAAUGUCUAUGCAGGUGACUGGAUGGUCAUGAACAUGAUGCAGAACAGGAUUUUCCUUCGAGCCAUCAACCAAUAUGCCUCCGUGCUCAACCGUUUCUUUUUGGACCAGGCAAGCUUUGAACUGCAGCUGUGGAAUAAUUACUUCCACUUGGCAGUUGCAUUCCUUACCCACGAAUCUCUUCAGCUGGAGACCUUUUCUCAGGCUAAACGGACCAAGAUGGUCAAGAAAUAUGGUGACAUGAGGAAGGAUAUUGGAUUCAAGAUAAGGGACAUGUGGUACAACCUUGGGCCUCACAAGAUCAAGUUCAUCCCCUCCAUGGUAGGCCCAAUCCUGGAGGUGACCUUGACGCCAGAGCCUGAAUUGCGGAAGGCAACGAUCCCCAUCUUUUUUGACAUGAUGCAGUGUGAAUUCAACUUCAGCGGGAGCAGAAACUUCCACAUGUUUGAAGAUGAGCUGAUAACUAAACUGGAUCAGGAAGUGGAAGGAGGUCGAGGGGAUGAGCAGUACAAGUUUCUGCUGGAGAAACUCCUGCUGGAACACUGUCGGAAGCAUAAAUACCUGGCGAGCUCAGGUGAAGUGUUUGUCCUGCUGGUUAGCAGCCUGUUGGAGAACCUCUUGGACUACCGAGCCAUCAUGCACGAUGGGAGCAAAGAAAACCGCAUGAGCUGCACUGUCAAUGUGCUGAACUUUUACAAAGAAAAGAAGAGGGAAGAUAUAUACAUCAGAUACUUGUAUAAACUCCGAGAUCUUCACACAGAUUCCGAAAACUACACUGAGGCAGCAUACACACUUCUCCUGCAUGCCGAGUUACUCCAGUGGUCUGAUAAUCCAUGCGCCCCACACCUUCUUCAGAGGGACAGCUACUGUGUCUAUUCGCAGCAGGAGCUCAAAGAGAAACUCUACCAAGAAAUCAUUGCUUUCUUUGACAAAGGCAAAAUGUGGGAGAAAGCCAUCCAACUAAGCAAGGAACUGGCUGACAUGUACGAGAACAAAGUCUUCGAUUACGAGGGGCUUGGCAAUCUCUUGAAAAAACGGGCCACGUUCUAUGAGAACAUCAUGAAAGCGAUGCGGCCUCAGCCAGAAUAUUUUGCUGUGGGCUAUUUUGGCCUUGGAUUUCCCGCCUUUCUCCGGAACAAGAUCUUCAUUUACCGGGGCAAGGAAUAUGAGAGGCGGGAGGAUUUCAACCUGAAAUUACUGACCCAGUUUCCAAAUGCCGAGAAGUUGAGCAGCACAGCCCCACCAACAGAAGAGAUCAGAUCUUCCCUUAAGCAGUUUGUUCAGUGCUUCACAGUUAAACCUGUAAUGAACCUCCCAGCAAACUUCAAAGACAAGCCGGUUCCAGAGCAGAUUUUAAACUUCUAUCGAUCCAAUGAAGUCCAGCAAUUCCAAUACUCCCGGCCAUUCAGGAAAGGAGAAAAAGACCUUGAGAAUGAAUUUGCAACGAUGUGGAUAGAGCGAACCACCUAUACAACCGCCUAUAUGUUCCCUGGGACCCUGAAAUGGUUUGAAGUCAAGCAAAUAUCCGUGGAGGAAAUCAGCCCCUUGGAGAACGCCAUUGAAACCAUGGAGCUGACGAAUGAGAAGAUCAGCAACUGUGUGCAGCAGCAUGCCUGGGAUCGAGCCCUUCCUGUGCACCCCCUCUCGAUGCUGCUGAAUGGCAUUGUGGACCCAGCCGUCAUGGGUGGAUACACCAAUUAUGAGAAGGCUUUCUUCACUGAAAAGUAUAAUCAAGAACACCCUGAAGAUCAAGAAAAGAUUGAACUGCUCAAGCAGCUAAUUGCUUUACAAAUGCCUUUGCUGGCCGAAGGGCUUCGGAUCCAUGGGAAAAAGCUGACGGAGCAGUUGAAACCUCUCCAUGAGAGGCUGACCUCCUGCUUCAAAGAGCUGAGAGAGAAAGUAGAGAAGCUCUAUGGUGUAAUAACUCUGCCUUCUUCACUGACGGAGAGAAAGCAGAGCAGGUCUGGAUCCGUGGUUUUGCCAUACAUCAUGUCUUCCACUUUGAGAAGGCUCUCUGUGACAUCAGUGACUUCCUCCGUGGGAUCAACAUCUUCUACCUCCUCAGACAGCACUUCCUCCAGGCCAGGAUCUGAUGGAUCGAUUCUUGAGCCCCUGGUGGAAAGGAGGUGUUCGGCUUCCUCCAGGAUGGAAGAACCGCCUGGCAAAGAUGAUGGCGAGAACCGGCUGAAUAAAUUUAGGCGGAAGGACUGGAGCCUCAGCAAAUCUCAGGUCAUUGCAGAGAAGGAGCCAGAGGCAGAGCAGACCUGCAAAAUGAAUGCAUCUGGAAAAGCACCAAGGCCAAAAAGUCUACAACUCGGGGAGAGCAAACUCACCCUGCUGCAGGGCUCAUCACUCCAGCAAGCCACACCUCUCAGUCCACCGCCGAUCACUCCCAAGACGCCAAGAACCCAAAGCUUUCCUUCUUUGCAAACAGAUGGAUUAGCAGCCAUGAACUUGCCAAACACUCCACCCCCACCUCCACCCAAAUCCAACUCAAGGAACUCCGCAGAGAUCGCCCCUCCAUUGCCCAGCAGGCGAGAAGUCAAGCCUCCCCCGCCCCCUCCCAAAGUGAGAAAAUCCAGUGUCCUGUCUCUGGACCCAGGACUGCAGUGAGAAUGCCAUGCCAGCCAGUUCCAUGCGGCAUAAACCCACUUUCCACUGUUCUACAUAUUUCUUGUGCUUCCCAGUCAUUUCUUCCUGCUGGACAGGCCAGCAUGGGCUCCACCCUCUGGUUCCCAUCAGCCAUGCCAAAACAAUCCAUUUAAAGGCUGACGACGUUUCUUUCUUUGAAUUCCAAGCUUCUGAUUUUCCAGAACGGUGUGCCAAGACACUGAGUGAGGAAAUUCUGGCCGUCUUCCACAUCUGAGUGUCUGCAUGUCCAUCUUGCUUGGUUUCAACCCUUGGGACACCUUCUGCCACUGAAAAAGCAGCUCAAGUUCUCCUUAGCAGAUGUCUUCUUCCUGUUGCUGAUUGAAAUUAACCUUGGUUUUGAAGUGGCAGCAAGCCACAAGCCAUGAAAUACGGCCCCUGAUCUCCUGGCUACUGCAGAGGCCUUUCAGUUGGGAACUGGUAUCUUGGAGAAGACUGCUCUGGAACCUACAGAGCAGUCUCCUGUGGGACCUUCAGAAGAUGCACUGUCCUCGCUUCUAGCAAGCACUCUGGGGCUUGAAUUGGCAGCUUUGCACUCAGAAACUGGGUCUAGCUUGGGAAGCGAAGAUGAAUGACAUGCUUUCAGGUUCAGAGCCUUCUUCAAGUGCACACAGGAAUAUGAGUGCACAGUAUUAGCCAGCAGAGAAAAACCUGGGACAUGGCCAGAGCGAUCAUCAGGGAUAUUUGCCUACUCCACUUUGGCUUGCAGCAAAAUUUGGGCUGGUCUUUGAAAGCUGCACGUGGCCCCUGCCACCCCCUGCCCCCAAAGUUUAUGGCAGAAAAAAAUGGCUCUUGGUUGUGAACUUCAGUAAAACCUGCUAGAGACAAGCGAAAAAGAUAAGUGUGACUUGAAAACAAGGUGAGGACGUUUGCUGCCCGUAUUCAGCAGGGGGCCACCUAUUUUUUGCCACUGCUCCAAAUCCAGCGGUCCAGCAGUCGGACCCGGCAGGGGAGUGGAGUCAGGAGCGGACAGCCUGGGAGCUUGGAAGCAACCCCCAGACUGCUCUGAUGAGCUGCCAGCAAAUGAGGGCAGUAUCUCAGAAUUGGUUCUAUGGACACCCCCGUUCUUCGCAUCCGUCGAUGAGGAGAAGAAACGCCCCCCACCCCCAUGGUUGGACCACAUCUUUUUUAAUGGCCUCAGUAUCUCUCCUUUGAAGAAUUGACCCAUGCCAUGGCUUACUUUAUUAAUUUCUUAUUCUGGUUUAAUUGUGUCUGCACUUGGCACAGGAUUCAGUAUGCCACUACGACAUCUUUUUAUUGCAAUCGAUGUACAUUUCUUUCUCUUUGUAUAAUAGCUGGUUGCCUUAAGGUUGACCUGAAGGUGUAAUUAUCCUUGUGAAUUCAGAGGACAGAUUGCAUAGGGUGGUGCUUCUUAGCCUCCCAAACAAAACGUCAGCGGCUAAGAUGCCCUGCCGAAACCCUCAUGAAGCCUCCAGUGUAUGUACAGCCACAUGUCAUCCCUGCAGCCCUGCCUGUACCCUCAUAAGCCAUUUGAUAAAAUAAUGCCUCCAUGUUUCCUUGGGGACUGUGGGUGGCGCAGUGGGUUAAACCGCUGAGCCGCUGGGCUGGUUGAUUGAAAGGU